AUGCACCAGGGUGUGCUCCCGGUAAUACGUGACGCGCAGUUAUAUUUCACGGCGCAGUUGUACUACUGGUUGUAUUUACACUGUGUCCAGGUUAAGGGCGGCGCGGCGGCGCACGUUAUCGAGCGUGGGCGGUCGCGCAUGUCACUGCCGCUGCCUACUUCCAGCGACAUGCACUGCUACGCGCCUGCUAGAGCUAUUCGGGCAAUACAUCGCGUUCGCGUGCGACGGGCGAAUAAUGUAGGGGCGAUUUCACAAUGC